GCGCGACUGUGGUGGACGGUGAUUCAAGUUCUCAGCGGAUUUCAAAUAAAGAGAGUGAAACCGACGGAUAGGCGUCGGGAUUUGAAGGAUUCAUCCCUCUCUCUUAAAACAUCCCUCAGGGAUUCUCGCCUCGAUCUCUCUCGGAAGACCUGUUUCCCAUCUAUCAGCGAACACAAAGACUGGGCUCACACUGCAACUGAAAAUACUACAUUUGAGAAAGACAGAGGUGAUUUACUGCAUUCAUGGCGGCCAUAGCAACUGUCCCCAACUACACCCCAUCGGUAUGGGUACGGUUAUGCCAUGCCAUUCCUCGCCUGGACUUGACCCUGCAGACCCGAGACAGCGUGUUCACUCCAGACAGCUGGGAGUACCAGCAGACUCUCCUGGUCCUCUCCAGCUUCUCCGCCAUUGCUCUCGUCCUCUCGUUGCUUGUCGUUCUCUCCUUCCUCAUCCACUACUGCUGCUGCCAUCGUGGCGAGGGGGGCAGGGAUGCAGAGGAAGAGGAGGAAGACGAUGAUGCCAGCGGUGGCCAUGGAUACAGUGGCAAAAAAGGGCGGGGCAUUUGCUGUGUCACAUGGGUAUCAAUUGCAGCAGUCACAUUGUGUUGUGUUGCCAUAGGCAUUGGUUUCUACGGCAACAGUGAGGCGAAUGAUGGGAUGUAUCAGUUGACCUCAUCCUUGCUCACUGCCAAUUACACGCUGGCUUCCAUCGAUCUUCUGGUUUCAGACACCGUGGCCGGGCUGCAGCAGUCUGUCUCAGGACCCUUGACCUCUUUGGAGGAUGUGUUUGGAGGACAUAAGCCGGCGCUCGUGCCCACACGCUCCUGCAGGCGUCUCUCAGAGCGGGUCGUGUCUAUCCUCUCCAACCUGACUCUGGGAAGAGGUCUGAUUCCCGUCGGUGAUGGAUUUUACAGGGCGAAUGGAAGCGAAAGCAUAGUAGGAGCACUUACCCCAGCCCCACCUUCUGUAGCCAUCACUCUCAGUCCAUCCGCCAACAGCAUUCCUGCGCCCUUCUCCCCAGGCUGGGCAGCCAACACCCUCAUGGUGAAUGAAGACUAUAGGUGGCUGUCGUACGUGCUGCUGCUUUUACUGGAUCUGGUGGUGUGUUUCUUUAUUCUUCUGGGUUUAGCCAAACAGGCCCGCUGGCUACUUAUUCUGAUGACAGUGCUGGCCUGGUUGGCUCUGUUUCUGAGUUGGGGUUCUCUCGGCCUGGAGACGGCCACAGUGGUGGCCCUGAGUGAUUUUUGCUUUGACCCAAACACAUUUGUGCUUAACUCCACUCACUUCAACUCUAGGACAAGCACAGAAAUCCUGGAUUAUUACCUAACCUGCAGCAGGAAAAUGAGCAGCCCUUUUCAACAGAUACUGACCCAGUCCCAGAGAGCGCUUUCCAGCAUCCACUCUCACCUUUCCAGUCUGGAGAGAGACUCCCUCCCACGGUUCCCAAAGGCAGAGAAGUCACUCAGGGAGGUACAGCAGAUCCUCAACACCACUGAGGGAAACUUCCACCAGCUGGUAGCACUCCUCAACUGUCGAGGGCUGAACAAGGAUUAUGUUGACUCUCUGAAAGGCCUGUGCUAUGAUGGGAUGGAGGGGUUGCUCUAUCUUUCCCUGUACUCGUUUCUCUCCGCUUUGGCGUUCACAGCUAUUCUUUGCUCCCUCCCUGGAGCCUGGAGGAGUUUCCACAGUGAUUCAGAGGAAUACGAGGACUCCGACAGCGAAAGCGAGGACCCCUUCACUUCUCAUCAGGCACGUAGACCGACGGCCACGGGCUCCCAGCGAGGGGCCUUGCCCCCCUUCUAUAGUUACCAGGGGGCCGGCUGGACUCCCCCCUUUUCUAGCGCGCCUCCGUUACCGACUCCAAACGUUUCCUCCAAUGGCAACCCUGGUUAUGAGAACCUGCCUUUGAGUGACAGGCAGUCCCCACCCCCCUCUUACUCUCCCAGCAUGCUGACUGGCUACGGCGCCAGUCAAUCACACCCCAACCCCUCCCAUUCAAGAAACCUGUACUCGCACUAAUUAUUUUUCUGUAUAGUAGGAAAAGAAAGAUAUAUAGCAAGGUUUAGUUUUCAUAUGGAUGGACACUUUAUGAGACGAGAGACUAAUUUAAAACUCUAGAUGUUAAAUAUCUGUGUGUAACGUCAGUACCAUUGAGUCUUUUGGGUGUAACAAACUUACAAAGUGAGUGACAGAUAAAGCCAUCCGCUUCAUUUAGUCGUACGAUCCUGUCACUUCCUCUCCCUCUAGUGUCAUGCUGUACAUAUAGCUGGUGGAAACAAGAUGGUAUUGACGUUACAGUAGUGGUCUAUUUUUAAAUGUAUAACCACUUUAUUUUGGAGUUUUUAUAUUGUUAUAUGUAGUCACAGAUGCAUAGUGGCGAUGGCACAAUUUCUUUGUAUGAUUAUGCAGUUUUCUCUUCACCUUUCUUUUUUUUUUUUUUUACUAUUUGACAGGACCCUAUUUUAUAAGUGGAAAUUCUGUAUUACCUUGUAUACCCUCUGACACUAUAUAAUUAUUUAUUUAUAUAAUAUAAAUAUAUGAA